AAUCUUACACGUUUGAUGCAGCGAAUCACGUUUGAGAAAGAGACUAUUUAAAUUUGUUUUAGAAGUGUGGUGACAUACUGAUUGUUUGCAAACGUAUUAACCUUCUCCUGGAUGUUACGCACGUCUCUCUGCAAUGGCUCUCCCUAUUACUCGACGAGCUCAAAACCCUGUUGUAGGCCCAAUCAGGUCCUUAAGGUCGAGGCAGGUGUUUGGCGUUCUUGCCAAUCAUGCAGUGGCAAGGCCAGCCGUUAAAGAUGUGAAACGAGCACCUGUGAAGGGAGAAUGUAAGCCCACCCAAUUUCACAGCCAACCUGUCCCAAAGCUUGAAGCAAAGGUUUUGUCCGUCCCAGCAUGCCCUGUGCCCAUGGAGAUUGAUUGUGCCACAUCAGAUGACCUGUGCCAGGCCUUUUCAGAUACUCUGAUUGAGGACAUCGAAGAUGUGGAUGCAGAAGACCAUAGCUAUCAUUUGCUCUGCAGUGAAUAUGUCAAGGACAUUUACAAAUAUCUACAGCAGCUUGAGUCUGACCAGGCAGUCAGGCCAAGAUAUCUUGAUGGCCAGGAAGUAACGGGAAGCAUGCGUGCCAUCCUUAUUAACUGGCUUGUUCAGGUCCAUAUCCAAUUUAAACUGCUGCAGGAGACCAUGUUUAUGACCGUGGCAAUUAUCGACCGCUUCCUUCAGGACAACCCAGAACCAAGAAAUCGACUCCAACUUGUUGGUGUGACUGCCAUGUUUAUCGCCUCUAAGUAUGAGGAGAGGUAUCCCCCUGAGGUCACAGAUUUUGUGUUUGUGACGGACUCGGCUUACACUGCCGCUCAAAUCAGAAAGAUGGAGAUGGACAUCCUGAGGGUCCUCGAUUUCAGCAUUGGACGUCCACAGCCCAUUCAGUUUCUCAGAAGAGCUUCCAAGAUUGGAGAUGUCACUGCUGAGCAUCACACCCUUGCUAAGUACCUAAUGGAGCUCACCAUGCAGGACUACGAUAUGGUCCACUUUUCACCGUCUCACGUGGCCUGUGCAGCCUUCGCCCUCACACUCAAACUAUACAGCUAUGGAGAAUGGACUCCCACACUGCAACACUAUAUGGGCUAUGCAGAGGACAGCCUUCUUCCAGUCAUGAGGCACAUUGCCAAGAAUGUUGUCGCUGUGAAUAAAGGGCUCACAAAGCAUUUGGCAGUGAAGAACAAGUAUUCAAGCCAGACGAUGAUGAGGAUUGCCCUCAUUUCAAAGCUGAAAUGUUCUCUUAUUAAUGAUCUUGCACAAAGUUGGGAUGUCCAAAAAGCACCUAUUUAGUUCUUGCACAUGCCUUCACCAGAGACAUUUAAGGCCCUGAAGCAUUUGGUGAGUUAGUCUAACUGGGCUGCUAUUCAUUUUGACCUCAAUCUAGUUGCUUUUGGAGCUGGGUACUGAGUGCUUUUUACCUAAAAGUAUUUUCCUUUCAGCAGAUUUAAAUUGCUCUUCAUUUUGUUAUUAAGGAAUCUUAAUAACAAAAUGACUAACGUUACAUCAUGAUAUGUUUUAACUUGUGCUCUACACCAAAUGUCUUUGCACUUAAAUUUUGAAUUGUGUACAUACUAUGCAGUGUAAUAUUUUAAUAAACCUUUUAUAUUAAUGUGGUU